AUGCAGGUGUGGAGGAACUAUGAGUGCAAUGUCAGCCUCGUGAAUGGGAUUGAGAUAUGUAGAACUGUAGGCCGUGUCACCCCAACUCUGUAUGAUCAGAUGAAUGCUGCAGUGAGUGUGGGUUAUGCUUUAUACCACUAUGCUCCUUUCCUUGUUCAGCUGGAGGACUGCACAUUUGCCAGACAGACGUUUAGCUCCAUAAACCAGAACAACUGUCCUAGUCUUAGAAAGUACACAAACUGGGUAUUUGCUGGCCUCACGCUCGUCUCCGCUGCGGUGAUGCUGUCCACCGUUUUCUGGGUCAUCUAUACUCGAGAGAGGCGGCAUCGUAUGUAUAACAAGCAACAAAUGUUUUAUGAGGGACAAGGUCCGAUGACGGAAAAGAACUGAUGAGGAUGUGAAAAAGUCUGGUGAUGUUUGUGCAUUACUGUAGAGAAGAGUUGUUUCUUGUGUUCUGUUGUUUCUUUGGAUAUUUUAAAGGUCUUAUUAAAAUUCUUUCUUGUUUCUAGGAAGCAUUUCUUUAUGAUUGCAUCAUGGCUUG